ACUUCCUUGUUUCAUCGGCCCACAUUCUGCACAAUGAGGCAGUGCGUCGUGCUUCUCUUUGCUUCUCUGCUGACAUUAUGUGAAGCAAAAGGAACCAUUGAGACUCCUGUGUUUGUGCUGAAGGGACGUGAUCUGCUCCUGGAGCUUCAUGCUGAUCUUCCUGGAGGGCUUUCAUAUGUUGACUGGAAAAUCAAUAAAACAGUCAAUUUAGUAAGAUUUAAACCUGGUAGGAAACUAAUUGUCCUUCAUAAUGUCUCUGGAGGGUUUGAGUUUCCUGAGAAAAACUUCUCUGUGAUAUUGAAGAAUCUACAAGAGGCCGACAGUGGAGUUUAUUCUGCUGUAGCAGUAACAGAUUCAGGAGACAAACCACUGACUGAAUACAAGGUCACAGUUCAAGGACCAGUGUCUCCAGUUGAACUGACCGUGGACCGAGUGGACUCCAACAGCUCAGAGUCAUGUGACCUCCAUGUGACCUGCAGGACUCACAACUCUCACAUCAACAGCACUUUCAGAUGUGUCGCCCAUAACUGCAGUCAGGAGGGAGGAGAGCGACCAGAGGUCACGACCUCUGGGGCUUCUCUCCAGGUCUACCUGUUGAACAGCACCAUCUUCUGUAACCAUAGCAACCAGGUUACCUGGACCAACGCCUCCAACACGACUAAACAUUUUUGCUCCUCAAAUGCUCCUCCCUUUCCCUAUGGCUGGGUUACUGCUAUCUGCACUGUCACUCUCGUCAUAACUGUGGUUGUAUUCGUCUUGAUUUGUUGUCGUCGAAGGAGAAGAAUCACAGAUUCAAGGCAGAUUGUCAAUGAUACAGUUUAUGAAGUUCCUCAGCAGGAAGUAACAUCAGCACCACCUCUCAAUCAGAACUCCACCUACAGCUUGGUGGGACAUCCUGCUGGAUCGACUCAGCCGGAGAGCAUCUACGCUACGGUGAAGAAGCCUGACAGGUCCUCCAUUAAAGAGGAAUGAUUCCCCAAAUCCCGGAAUUCUGCUGGAAAUUUUCAGUGCUGUUGAAACUGUAUAUGUAUUAGUUCAUGUGACCUGCUUUAAUGCUGAACGAUUCUCUACACAAACUUGUCAUUGGAGAGAAAUUAAUAAAUAUUACUAAGGAUCACACACAAUCACAAAAUGCUUUUUAGCAAGCUGCCGAAGGGUUUAUUUUCCCAAACAUUUCUCGAUAUGAAACAUUUAAAAAAAACAAUCAAUGAAGUUCAAGGACCACAAUUUAAAGAUGUAGGCUAAACAUAACUGUUCCAUUGUAAGGUCUAGCUAUGCAAAGCAUCCCCUUCAAUUCCCCCACCCAACAAUUGAGUAAAACAUAUACAGUGGCUGACUUGUUCUCAAGUCCAGAGACACAGAAAAAGGGUAAUUUGCAGUGUGAAAGUGGAACGUAUUCUACAUGAUGUUAAAGUCAUAGGUGCUUUAUUUAAGGCUCUUGCUGCAGUGUGAUGUGCUUUCUACCCCGAGAGAUUCCUCUGAACUCUUUGUGGAAAGAGCCCAAAAUAUAUUUUGUAGCAGUUUGAUGCAUUUUAGAAAAACUUGUAUUUAAAUCAGUGACUGUUAAUCGUCAAGAAAUGACUCCUCACGUGGAAAAUAGAAGCAUUAAAAAGAAGCAAGUAACCUUUCCUUUAAUGUGAUUCAUCCUGCAGGAAGUAACCUCAGCCCCUUCAGAAUAAGAGCCCCCCCCCCCCCCCCCCCUGCUGGAUCGAGCCUCUACGCUACAGUGAUGAAGCCAGGUCCUCCAACGAUUCACAUCACAAUUGGAGAUAUUUGUAAUUAGAUCUUUUACAUUUAAGAUCCACAUAUAAAAAGUAAUAAAUACGUUGACAUUGUUGUCCUGUACCUUUGGUACCUGGUUUGAUUCUUCAUGUGACCUUUCAUCUGAUCAUUUCCUAAAGAGAGGAUUUUCACUUUAGACUUUUAAGGCCUUACCUGAUUGGUGAGAUUUAAGCCACAUGAUGGAGGAUGCUUCUGUUAUAUAUUUUUAUUUCCUGUUUUUUUAGACCAGAAGGAAUCAAAUAUUUUUCAUUUGUGACAAAUAUGUAAAACAACAUUUCUUUCUAAAUGUUUUUCCAUAAAAUAUUUAGUCAUCAUUCAGUGUUCAAAAUGUCUUUAGUAUAAUAAUGACACAUAUUGAUUCCUUGGUAAAAACUACACCAGAGAGGACCACGUCACUUUUUAAUUACCUUUUAAUCACUGAAACACAAGACAAGUAUGAAGCUUUAACAAGUUCAAAGUUUCCACCCAAAACAAAACGUGCAGAACAGAAUUAUUUUUGCACUUUUAUACGGUGUAUUUUUUAAGGCUAUUUGCUUACAUAAAGUUGGUCUUGAUUAUACCUUACACACACACAUAUAUAUAUUGAUUUGUUUGUAUAACAUCCAC